AAUUUUUUCAGGCCUUACAAGGAAUAGUAUAUAAUAUUUUUCUACCUAUUCAGUGGUUUUCUAACAUGGUUGCAAUUUUGCAAUACAUAAAUGAUGAAUUUGAUGAGAUAAUUUCAAGAAGGGAGACUUUUCAUGGAUCUCGCUUUCAAGUAGAUAAUAUCAUUACACGAUUGGAGAUCAACCACAACAAGUUAACAUGGAAAUUUCGAGUAAUUAAUAUUGAAUCAUUUGAUAUUGAUUAUUUCUGUUUUAAUGAUCUACUAGUAGGAAAUUGUAAAGAUUCAUUGCUAUUUAAAAAGGAAAUAAUUCUAUCAUUUGCCUCUCGUUCGAUAAUGUUCCUGAAAUACAACGUACUUUGGCCAAGAAGAUGGAUUGAGACUUAUUCAAUCUCAAGUCUAUCUUUGUACAUCGAGCGACAAUUGGAGAACAUUGUGAUGCGCGGUGAUGACAUCAAUGGGUGCACCUUCAGUGUGGAUGAUGAUCAAGCCACCCUGAUUAUCACUGAUGAAAUUUUGCGUUGGUCGUUUGAGUUAAUCAAUGUUACAGACCCUGAGCCUCCAAUCAUGGUCAACGGUUGGCGGUUUAACAGAAUCCAAAUAAUGUUGUAUCAACAUUGGUGGGUUAUUAAUGUUUAUAUACCGCAACAGGAGCGAGAGGAACAAGAGGAACAAGAGAGACAAGCAGCACAAGAUAGUCUCCAAGAUCGAGAUUUAGAGUGUUUGCAUGAAAUGCUUGACGAUUCUUCUAUUGACUUAUCAGACUUAUCGGAUGUAGAAACGGUUAUUGUAAGUGAUUGCGAUUAA